GAUUCUGAAAUUUCUUCUCUUGAGGCUAGAAUAAAUAAACUAAAGGCUAAGUUAGAACAAAUAGCACAAAAAGCUUUAUUAAAGGAUACCGAUACUACCCAGUCUCUUCAUGAGAUUAGAGUGAAGGAAUUGAAAAAUGAACUAGAGCAAGAUAGAUUAAUUUUCUGCCUCAGGUCUAGAGUAAGUGAUCUAGAAGAUGAACUAGAACAAAUCUCUCUAAAACCAGACCCAUCAUCUAAUGAUUCAAAAAUAGGUGGUGAUGCAGUAAAAGAGAUUUCUUUAAAACCAGAUCCAUCAUCUAAUGAUUUAAAAACAGGUGGCAAUGCUAUAGAAGAGGUAUCCAGUUUCUCUAAAACCCUCUCUUUGUCUUCACACCACUUAGAGCUUAAACCUGAUGAAAGUAAAGUAAAAGAUGUGGAUAUUGUUUCAGAUAAUAAGGUAAAAAAGACUGGAGGAAGAAAAUCGAGAACUGAAACUGUUCGCGUUUCUGAUUCUAUUUCAUCUACUGAAUCUUCUGAAGAU